AUGAAAUUUCCAUCUACUUUCGUGGACGAUCGGGGGAAGGAAGGGGGAUCAAAAAGCUCAGCACGGCAGAUUGUGGAGAAGGAAAGAAAUCAUUUUUGUUUAAGAAUGUAUGGAAAAAGUGGGAAAAAGAAAGCCUUUCUAGAGAAUGGAAGCAUGCUUUUGGAGAAGCUGAUUGCUGCCUGUGAUCGCAGGCCUGUUUCCAUACGUAGUUUCUCUUAUGCAGAGCUUAGAUCUGCAACAAAUAACUGUGAUCCUCAAAUUGUUCUGUGUGCUGAAGGCUAUUGUAAAUGGUUCAAGGGUUCUCUUGAAGGAAGAACCAUCUCCAUCAAGAAGUACAACAGAUAUCUAAGCUCGCUCGAGUAUGUCUUCAACGACAUAGCCAUUUCUGCAAAGAUGAGAGCUCACAAGGAUAUUCUAAAGCUAAUUGGGUGUUGUCUCGAGACCCAGUUUCCCAUUUUGGUGCAUGAGUCUAUUGCAAGCGAGACUCUUGCCGAUCGAACUCAUGCCUUUGAUAAUGAAGUUCCACGACAACAACGCGAAUCCGUGCAUGCUAUAGUCUUCGACCAACACGUUGUUCCCAAAUCGUCGAACUUUUUUUACUGCAUAACAAUCCCCGAGGGUGAAAUCUGCGUAGGAGUUCCAUAUUCUGGGGCUUUGGGAUACCUAUGCCCAGACUAUUUGCAUACCUCCUAUGUAACUGAGAAAACUGAUGUCUAUAGUUUUGGUAUGCUUCUGUUAGUUCUUUUAACGGGAAGAGAUGCAAUCAAUCUCCUCCAUUUGGCAACAAUCGAUGAAGAAGAUACUCACUACCAUGUGGAAGAGUACAUGAGAAAUCGUCAGGUAAAUGAGAUCUUGGAUGCUGCAAUCAUGACAGAAGCAGCAGGAACAGGCAUGGAGCAACUGCAAGCAGUGCUGCAGCUGGCUCUCGUGCGUUGGUGUGGAUCCAAAGAUGAGGCCAACUAUGGUUGA